AGCUUGGCCCAAAGAAGCGCUCAGAAGCAGCGCUGCCGACGGUCCACGCACACAGCGCAAAGUCGCGCUUUCAAAUCCGAGGGAAACACUGCGCAGCCAUGGGCGUGGAGACGACGAAGGACAGGAGGAGCCGAGGCUGGUCAGCUUCAACUCGUGCUUGGUAGGACUCGUUGUCGUCAGGCGUUCGCUCCCGCAUUCUCCUGACUGCAAUCUCGUGGCUUUUCUUGCACACGGCCAAGACCUCGGCAGCAUUGUUCCAGUGCUUUUGUUUGCUGGUUGUGGCCCCAGGUACAUCUCUUCACCAUCCCUCACGGGCGGAUUUCACCGAGUCGCCCGGGCUGGAAGGACACUAGAUUCUUGGGCGUCCCACGGGGCCCAGCGGAGCUUCUGGCUGAGAAGAUCCAGCUGCUGAACGAGCCCGAGGUUGAGAACCCUCGUUUUAGUGCCACAGAUCUCUUGGACUUUGAAGACCGUUUUUGAACGGCCGAAUCAACAACAAGGAAGAGCGGCCGUUUCUGGAAAGGGAGACGGUUGUGGAUGCAGUACUCAAAGAGAUAAACGAGACCCAGACGCUGAGCACCAACAAGCCACGAGUAGUGUCCUUGUGGAGUCCGAGGGGCACCGGCAAGACAUCGCUCAUCCGCCACCUGGCUUCGAAGGUGUCGUGCUUUGCAGAAAGCCGAAGAUGUGGACGGCUUUUGGUUCUUGAUGCUAGAGGGAUUCCAAAGUCAGCGUUUCAGGAAGCUCCCAGUAGGAUUGCUUCUGCAAUUGUCGUGUGGCACCUGUCACAGUUGCUGCGCGGAUACAGCAUCGAAGUGAGUGGGCGGGUGAUGAGUUUUAGGGGCAUGGACUUCAUUGCAGUGCUGGAGGCACUCAAACGUACAUCGGUACGAAGUGCAAUUGAUAUGCGCGACAGCUUCGAAGUUUGGCUUCACUCAUUUUGUCAACAGAAGCAGGACGUCUUCGAGCAGUGGCUGUUGGUGACGGCUGCAGCCUUCAAUGCGACACCAGACUGCGCUUGCUUGGUGUUCCUCGAUCAGGCAGAGCUGCUUGUGAACAGACAGGUCGAGGGACUGAGCCACCGGGGUGGACAGAAAUCAGCUUUCACCGAAAUAUUUAGUGAAUUCCCGGAGAAGAUGGGCAUGUUUUCGGCAGGCACGGUGAAUAUUUUGAUUGAUAGGCCAUCGGAGGAGUACACCUCGCUUAUUGUCCAGGAAGUACCGGCUCUACCGCCGUUGUCACUGCAAGCCGCCAGACGGACCAUGGCAGAGUGGGGAGGCUCGCAAUACAAGAAGGAGGAAUUCAACAACAUUCACCUCUUCUCGGCUGGGGUACCCCGGCUUCUGGAGGCGGCUUUCCAGACCUGGGGUGAGUUGGCAUCAACUGCUCAGGUUGCACUCAAUGCCAUGUCGCAGCAGUUCAGAAGCUCGUAUGCGGAUGCAGCCCCCUACUUCCGUCAGCCAGAAGUGGCUUUGGCGUUGGUUCUUUGCUCGGCGGUUCGUGCCCGGAACCUCACUGAGGUGGUCAGACAUUUUCAGGGCCGGAGCAGCAUUUCCAAACAACAAGUCUGUGCUGGUUCCACGGCUGUGGUGGUGUGAGGAUACCAAUAUCAAAGACGCCAUCCGAAACGAUUUGAAAGAGCUGAACAUUGACCUGGAGGGGCUCCUGCCAGAUUCCUUGCAGUUGCUCAACAGCCCAACAAGGGGUGCCACUGAAAGGGGGGAGAAGUGGGAAGAGCUGGUUGCAAAUUCCCUGGCAGCGCGGUUCCGCCUUCACUGCAUAGCAAGAAACCUGAGUGCUGAAGUCACCUGGGUCCCUUUUUUGGAGAUCUACCCUACGGAGGAUCCACAUUUGCGAGCUGUUUUGGAGCCGUUCGAAGUUUGCUGGAGUGAUGGUGUGGAAUAUCCAAGCGGCCAAGGCAAUGAAGCAACUGUCAUGAGUGACGUUGGGAAGGCCAUCAAGUCCAACCGGAAUUUUGCAACGGCUCACCACGACCUUUUGAUCCCUGUGAGAGGCAACUGGUAAGCUCGAGUUCAUUGCUGCGCAAUGUCGUUAUGGAAAGAAAAAGGAUGCAGGCGGCCUGAAGUUGCAGGACAAGGCAAAGAAGGACAACUUUGAGGACAUGCAAAAUGUGUUGCUGCAGAUUUGCAGUGAGUCUGAAGGCUGGCAGUCCUUUACAAACGAGACAUGGGCCAGACGUCAGGAGGAGAAGAAAUGCUCUCUCAUGAGUUGCGAGACUAUCAUUGCGCAGCUGGACGUGCUGAAACUUUUGUGAGUGUAC